AUGAACAAUUAUGAUAAAAACAAUGUCCAUGGCCAAGGAAGUUUUGGAACAGUUUACAAAGGAGUUCUAUCAGUUAACACGGUGAUCGUGCUUUCUUGGAUAAACCAUCGUAAUGUGGUUAAGCUUUUAGGCUGUUGUUUGGAGACGGGGGUGCCCUUACUUGUGUACAAGUCCAUCACGAACGGGAAUCUUUACAGCCACAUUUAUGAUCGGAAGCAAGGAUAUUCUUCCUCGGUUCUUUCGUGUCAAACAUGUCUUAAAGUUGCGAUAAAGAUUUCAGGAGCUCUUUUGCACUUACACUCGGAAACUUACAUACCUAUCAAUGCUAUCAUACAUAGAGACGUGAAGACUGCGAAUAUAUUGCUGGAUGAGGAUUACACGGCAAAGAUCUCCAACUUUGGAACUUCGAGGCUUAUUUGGAUCGAUGAGAGUCACUUAACUACGUUAGCACGAGGAACAUUUGGAUAUUUGGACCCGGAAUACUCUCUGAGUAGCCAACUAACAGAAAAGAGUGACGUUUAUAGUUUCAGAGUGAGCUGCUAA